AUCCACAGGAAAAGAAUGGAGAAGGAUCUUCUGGAGCUGCAGACCCUGAUCGACGUCCAUUUUGACCAGAGGAAGAAAGAAGAGGAAGAGCUCAUUGGACUCAAGGACCGGAUUGACAACCGCAGAUCAGAGAGAGCGGAGCAGCAGCGCGUGCGAGCAGAAAAAGAACGGGACAGACAGACGAGAAUCGCGGAAGAGCGGCAGAGGAAGGAGGACGAGGAAGCCAAGAAACGGGCGGAUGACGACGCCAAGAAGAAGAAAGUGCUCUCUAACAUGGGGGCUCACUUUGGGGGUUUCUUGGCAAAGGCAGAGCAGAGGAGAGGGAAGAGACAAACAGGGAGAGAGAUCAAGAAGAAGACACUGGCGGAGAGACGCAAACCCCUCGCCAUUGACAACCUGAGAGAGGACGGCCUGAGGGAGAGAGCUAAAGAGAUGUGGGAGUGGAUUUACCAGCUUGAGUCAGACAAAUUUGACCUGACUGAAAAGAUGAGACGACAGAAAUACGAGAUAAACGUUCUUCUGAAUAGAAUUUCUCAUGCCCAGAAAUUUAAAAAGGUCCAUGGUAAGGGAAAGGUUGGAGGUCGCUGGAAGUGA